AUGUUGAAUGAGAUACAAAACCAGCAUUUUCAGCAGUACAAAUUGAAAAUGUUGGGGAAGAUGGAAAAAUACCUAAAUUCAAACAGCUGCAGGCGCAAAAUCAUCUUGUCUCAUUUUGAAGACAAACAACUCCGCAAGGUCACCUCAGGCAUCAUGGGAACAGAAAAAUGCUGUGAUAACUGCAAGACCAGGUUAAAAUUGAAUCUUUCAUUCAAUGAAACAGAGGACAACCUACAAGACUUCGGACUGCUGGCUUACAAGUUGAUAUCAGCAGUAGAUGCUUUGGGUGGGAAAUUUGGAACUGGUGUACCAGUCCUGUUUCUACGUGGAUCGAACUCCCAGCGUUUGCCAGAUAGAUAUCGCUGUAAUCCUCUUUAUGGAAAGGGCAAAGACCAAACCGAGGUGUUCUGGAAAGCUUUGGCAAGACAGCUUAUCAACGAGGGAUUCCUUCAAGAAUCUUCUGGACAUAAGUUUGCAACCUUGUGUGACCUUACUAUGAAGGGCAGAAACUGGGUUAGCAAAGCUGCAAACCAAUCCUGUCCAAGCUUGCUCCUACAGCCUAGUGAAGAAUUGUGUCCUCCACGACUCACUGUUUCUAGCAAUCUUCCAUCACGUUCACCUUCAGUAAGGCAGCCUUCUCAAGAUGCAAGAUCAGAUAAACCUGCAGCAGAUAUCCAGAAAACGUUGAAGGGUAAAUAUUCCUAUCAAGAAGCAGACAAACUUCCCAGAACUCCUGAAGUCUCCAAGUGCAGUUUGAGGUUGCAGUCUCCAGUCACACCCUCGAAGCCUGAAGAACCUCCUGUAUCACCCCGGGAAUUGGAGCUGCAGACUUCCUUAUACGGCAAGCUGGUCUCAGCCAGGCAGAAGCUUGCCAGUGAGAAGGACAUACCACCUGCUGUCUUGGAUACUAACAAAGUUCUUGUGGACAUGGCUAAAAUGAGACCAACCACAGUUGAAAACAUGAAAAAGCUUGAUGGUGUGUUGGAGGCAAAGGCUUCCAUGUUGGCUCCCCUUUUUGCAGUUGUCAAAGAGUUUUGCCUAGCGAAUAGUUUGCAGACAGAUACAUUUGCCAGUUACAAGACUAAUUUAGAGGCAAAUGUGGUAAUACAGAAAGGUCCUGUGCCUAUGUUGCUACCAGAUUCUCAGCGUAUAACUUAUUCACUUUUCCAGGAACAACAUUUAUCUAUGCGGACUAUCGCAGACCCCCGCAGUUUGAGCAUGGCCGCUGUUGGCAUGCAUCUGUGCCAGGCACUGAAAGCUGGCUACCCUGUCAAUGUGCAACGAGCUGGCCUGACUCCCACUAUACAGAAGACCAUUAUGGAUAUUAUUAAAAAACCUCCAAUUAACUCAGAUCUGUCUAGUUUUAAAGCUAUUCAUGAUCUGGUCCCACCCCACAUUGACAUCUACCUAAUCAGGAUGGUGAUAGCACUUUUAGAAAAGGAGGGCUAUAAUGAGAACAUUGUCUCCAACACAACUAUCCCACAUCCUACAUCACAGCAAGGUGCACCAUCUGAGAACACACAGCAUAGAACAUCCUUGCCCAGCCCUGCGUGGAUAGAAAAAAAGAAGCCAGCAGAAGCAAGUAAACCUAGUAUACAAGAGACAGAACCCGUAAGACAAGAGGCACCUAAAGCACAGAAUCUGGUUCCCAUCAAGUUGGCAUCGUGGAAUCAACCCUUACUGGAUGCAGAUACAGAGGAGCUAUUCUCAGAAUCACAGAUAGAGAAUAGUGGAACGACUCCUAAGAGGAAACUACCUGAAUGGUUUGAAGCAAAUAAAGAAAAAGCUGCACAGUCUAAUGCGACCAAGAAAGUAAAAAUGGUGGAAAAAAAGGGUCUCUUUGGAUGA